GGUGUUUCGAUUCCGUCGGAAAACGUCGAUUACCUUUAUAUAGUGAAAAAUUCAAAAAGUUACUUAAAAAUAUGGGAUAGCUAUGAGAAAAGUUUUGAGUUUAUGGUGCUGGAUUGCGCUGUUGUUUUCUUCAGUUUGUGGUGGUGGUGUCGAUCUACAAGGUCCAUUGUUCAUACAUGAACCUCCCCAUAGAGUGGAAUUUAGUAACAGCUCAGGUGGUAAAGUUGACUGUACUGCUCAGGGUAGUCCUCUUCCAGAAGUUGAAUGGAUUCUAGCUGACGGAUCACCGGUACAUCAGGUGUCUGAACUCAGACUGCUGUUUCCCAACGGUUCUCUUGUCUUCCCACCGUUCACCAACGAACGAUAUAGACACGAUGUGCAUGCUGCUCUCUACCGGUGUAGGUUAAAAAGUGCUCUGGGGAUUGUAGUCAGCAGAGAGGUACAUGUGAAAGCUGUUGUUAAGCAAAAAUACGAUAUUCAAGUACACGAUGAGUAUGUGAUAGCCGGCAAUACUGCUGUCCUCAAAUGUAAAAUUCCAAAUUUUGUAUCAGAAUAUGUAAUGGUGACAUCAUGGAUUCAAGAAGACAGCAUUAAUAUAUAUCCAAACACCGACAUUGGCGGAAAAUAUGUAGUUUUGGCCAACGGUGAUCUGUAUAUAAGUAACGCCGGACCUGGGGACGGCUACAAAAAUUAUGCUUGUCGUACUGUACAUAAAUUAACUGGUGAAGUUCAGACAUCAUCAUAUCCGGGUCGAAUCAUAGUUACGGAGCCAAAGGGUGAUGCUCAACCACGGAUCAGUGUUGAUAAAUAUAACGCCAGGCGAGUAGUUUUGGGCGAAGAUGUUACUCUACCAUGCGUAGCUCAAGGAUAUCCUGUCCCGGGGUAUUACUGGAAAAGGGAGCUACAAGGACAAAGUGUACCUGUUGCUCUCGGUGAAAGACUGACAAUACUUUCAGCGGGUUUACUUAGAAUAUCGAAGGUAAGACUGGAGGAUAGAGGUGUCUAUAUUUGUUUCGCUAAUAAUUCAGCUGGUGAAGAGAGCAUCAGAGUAACGUUAGAGGUAACUGCUCAAUUAUCUGCUCACGUACAACCACAAGUACAAGUUGUAGACGUCGGAAAAGAUGCUACGUUCCAAUGUAUUAUAAAUGGAUAUCCAGUUACCCAAGUCGGUUGGAUGCAUAACGGUAAACCAAUUGCUCAAGACAGUCGUAUGGAAGUAAUAGCUGAACCGCCGCGUUUAACUGUCAAGUCGUUGACAAAAGAAGACCGAGGAAUGUUUCAAUGUAUAGUUAGUAAUAAUUGGGAUCAAGCUCAAGCAAUUGCCGAACUUAAUAUGGGGGAUGCAGGUCCUGAACUCAUAUAUUGGUUUUCGGAACAAACUCUUCAACCAGGUCCUACAGUUUCUUUGAAGUGCGUUGCUUCUGGAAAUCCACCACCUCAAUUUACUUGGACAUUAGAUGGAUUUCCCAUACCAGAUCAUUCUAGAUUCCUAGUUGGUCAGUAUGUUACCAUCCAAGAUGAUGUCAUCAGUCAUGUGAAUAUUACCAACGUGAAAGCUGAAGAUGGUGGAGAAUACACAUGCACUGCUCAUAAUACAGUAGGAAAAAUCUCACAUAGUGCCAGAGUGAAUGUUUACGGAUUACCAUAUAUUAGAGAUAUGCAAAAAAUAACCGGAGUUGCAGGAAUGAGUUUAAAUAUUAAGUGCCCCGUAGCAGGUUACCCUAUUGAAACAAUAACAUGGGAACGUGAGGGUCAACUUCUUCCAAUUAAUCGUCGUCAAAGAGUAUAUGCCAACGGUACAUUGGUGAUCGAACAGACACAAAGGAAAGAGGAUGCGGGCACGUAUACUUGUCAAGCUCAAAACAGGCAGAGAAAUACGGCUAGGAGGGAUGUUGAGAUUCAAGUUAUAGUACCUCCAAAAAUACUACCAAUAAAUCCGAUGACGGAUCUUCUGAGAGAGGGUAUGCGAGCUGCUAUUACCUGCCAAAUUAUGGAAGGUGACUUACCAAUCACUUUCCGUUGGGAGAGGAAUUCAAAAGUGGUCUCUAAUAACGCUGCUUUGGGAACAGUCGUUAGGAGGAUCGACGAAUUCUCUUCUUCGUUAAUUAUUGAUCAAGUGACUUCCGCCCAUAGUGGCAAUUAUACUUGCAUAGCAAGUAACGUAGCUGGUUCAGAAAAAUACGUCGUUCCACUUACUGUUAACGUUCCUCCACGAUGGACAGUGGAACCUUCUGAUGUAAGUGUCGCUGCUAAUCAAGAAGCGAUUAUUCACUGCCAAGCGGAUGGUUAUCCUAAACCUAUGAUUACAUGGAAAAAAGCUGUAGGUGAGCAGCCAGGAGAAUACAAAGACUUCCUUUUCGAACCAAAUGUUCAACAACAUCAAAAUGGUUCAUUGAUUUUCAAUCACAUAUCAAAGGAAAACGAAGGACAUUACUUGUGCGAAGGAAAAAAUAAUAUUGGAACUGGAGUUAGUAAAGUGAUACAUUUAAAAGUAAACGCACCUGCCCAUUUUCCACAAAAAUCGAAGCAACUUCAAGUAGUCAAAGGAGAACAAGCUCAUUUACAAUGUUCUGCACUUGGUGAUACACCAAUGGAAAUUAAUUGGAAAGUAGGUGGCCAACAUAUAUCCAAAGAUGGAGAUCAAAGAUACACAAUAAGAGAGCAGAUUUUAGCGGAAGGAAUGGUAUCUGAAUUAGGUAUCGAGAGAACGAUAAGACAAGACACGGGAAUUUUCAUUUGUUCGGCUAGUAAUGCUUAUGGAAAUGACGAUAUGAAUAUUCAGCUGAUUAUUCAAGAAAUUCCAGAAGCUCCCAGAAAUGUACGUGUAAUGGAUCAACUUUCUAGAUCGAUUGGAGUAUCAUGGACGCAACCUUACGCAGGAAAUAGCCCGAUACUUAAUUAUAUUAUUCAGUAUAAGCUGGGUGCAGAGACAUGGCCCAAACAACCCUUAAAAGUAACCGUACCUGGCUCUCAAACUACAACAACUUUGCCAAAUCUGCACCCUGCGACAACUUACCAUUUGAGACUCCUGGCUGAAAACAGAUUAGGAUUAAGCGAACCUAGUCAAUCUGUUCAAGUCAAUACCCUAGAAGAAGUUCCGAAUGGGGCACCUUUAGACAUUAGAGCGGAACCAAAAAGUUCCACGGAAAUAGUAGUAACUUGGGAACCACCUUUACGGGAAACCUGGAAUGGAAAUCUACUUGGUUACCACAUAGGAUAUCAACAAUAUAUGGAUGGAGAUACAAAUGUCGGUACUCAAAAUUAUAUUUUCAAAAGUGUAGAAGUUAGACCACAUUUUGGUGGGGAAGCCACGCUCCAGGGGUUAGCAAAAUUCACAACAUAUAAUAUUGUUGUACAAGCGUAUAAUAGCCGGGGUUCGGGUCCAACCAGUGAUCCCGUAACCGCAAGAACGUUGGAAGAUUCGCCUACUCUACCUCCUGAAAAUGUACAAUGCUCCGUUUUAAAUGCUCAAAGUUUACACAUAUCAUGGGAACCUCCUUUAAUUGAGGGUCAAAAUGGAAUCAUCCAAGGUUAUAAAGUUACUUAUCAUUCAGUUGGAGAAUGGUUUGAUAACGAAGAUCAACAAACGAAAAUAGUUAAUCAAUUGAGAACAACGAUUUCGGGCUUAAGGAAAUACACUAAUUACAGUAUGACGGUGCUAGCUUUCACGUCUAGUGGAGAUGGUGUAAGAUCCGCGCCUGUAUAUUGUCAGACUGAAGAAGAUGUGCCUUCUGCACCUGCUCAAAUCAAAGCAGUUCAAAGUUCGCCAAGUAAAAUACUGGUAUCUUGGUUACCUCCAAAAUAUAGUAAUGGUCCAUUAACAGGGUACACGUUUUAUAUGAGUAUUGUUGAAGAUGGUCAAGAGGAAGGUACCCAUAAAAGAACUUUAAAUCCUACAACUGAAAUACAUGAAGUACUUAGAACGCAGGAUACUGCUACAUUACAGUUUUGGGUAACUGCAUCAACGAGAAUUGGAGAUGGUGAGAGUACUCGUGUAGUAACUCUAACCCCUUCGAAAAUAGUACCCGCUCGAAUAGCUUCUUUUGGUAGAGAAGUAAUAAGUGCUUGGAAGCAAGAUAUAUACCUCCACUGCCGCCGUGUGGGUGUUCCUCUUCCAACUGUUAAUUGGAGACUGAAUGAUCUUCCGCUAGAAGUAGGAGGUCGAAGAUUUAUUUUUGCUAAUGCAACUUUAGUCAUAAAAGAUAUUCAAAGUGUAGACCAAGCAAAUUAUUCUUGUAGUGUAGAGAAUCAAUACGGACAUGAUGAGAUAGUGUACAGUUUAAAAGUGUUAGUUCCACCAGAAGCUCCAGUAUUAACUGUCGUAGAUUCAUUCUCGGAUUCACUGCUUCUGAGAUGGAGUGAUCAAGGAAAUGGAGGAUCUCCUAUAUUAGGCUAUGUGAUUAACUAUAAAAGGAAUCAUGGAGAUUGGGAAGAACUUCAGAUUUCUGCGAGAACUGAUGAACACAUGUUACGAAGCCUUUGGUGUGGUACAAAAUAUCUUUUGUAUAUAACAGCAUUCAAUAGAAUAGGUACAGGAUUGCCAUGUGAUAUUGUUUCGGCUCAGACAAAAGGGACUGUACCAAUUCAACCAAAACAAUCCCAGAUGCUGACAAUGAACUCAACAGUAGUAACAGUAUGGUUGGACUCAUGGGGUGAUGGAGGUUGCGGUAUAUCGUAUUUUAUAAUCGAGUACAGAUCAUCGAGAUACUCUAGUUGGACAACAUCAUCGAAUCACGUUAAACCUACUGAUAGAAUACACAGCAUUGUUGAUUUAUUGCCUGCUACGGAAUAUCAGCUUAAAAUUACCGCACGUAAUAACGCCGGGGAUACGGAAGCAAUAUACAAUUUCACUAUGUUAACACCUUUAGGCGUUGUACCUGAAUUAAUACCUCCCGUAUCACAUUCUGGGGACCAGCCGUUUUAUGCUAAUGCAAAAGUUUUAGUACCGGUGAUGUUGUCACUAACGGUUCUCGUGGCUCUUGUUGCCACUUUAUUUUGGAGGAGAAAAAUAAGCAGAGAUGAGCAGAGUCGUUCAAUUGGCGAAUCGCCCUCCAUGGCGCAAAUUCAAAAUAAACAAAAUAGAGACCAGCAAUAUUUGGCAGUACGUGGAAAACAAGCGCAUGUUGUUGAAGAUGUAUACAAAGCCGAAUCUGCAGACUACGUAGAAGAUAUAUGUCCUUAUGCUACCUUUCAGUUAUCCAAAAAUACGUACAGCGAGAGUUCAUAUAGUGGAAACGUGUACAGUGGGCCGUACCAUUCGGUACGAGGCUCUUUUGUUUAUCAUGACGUUAAACCACUACCUAUUGAUAAUUUUAAGUUAGAACAUAAUAAAGAGCCUGAGUAUUCAAAAGUACGAAGAAAAGGGGCAAGGCUGAGAGAUCCGCAUUCUGAAAGUCAAGAGUCUGAUAACCUGGGCAGCACUGACUCAGAGGUGAAGAAGAUAUUAACGUUACACCUCCCUAUUUCAGAAUAUGAUACACUAGGAUCAGAUUCUGAGGGCGACGGAAGGGCUACUAGUCAGGAGAUGAUGUCCUUUAGUCACAGAAUGAGAGGGGGCGCAGAAGGCUCUUCUUCGUCGUCGGAAGCUUCUCCACCUUCGGGCAGUGUCGGAAGGAAGCCUUACCAAACUCGCAAAGGAAAAGCUAAGGCUACACCAGUCAACAAACGUCAUGUUAGGAGUAGUAGUGGAUAUUCAAGCCAUAACGAAGAAACAACUUUCAGUAUUUCUCAUGCUCCAAGUUUCAACGAACGCAUACAUCCACCCUCGAGAUUUUCAGAUUUAACAGCAAGAAAUUUGAGUGAAUCUGAAUACGAAAAAGGUAAAAAACCGCUACGAGGUAUGACCAAAUUGAGCAGAGAGGCGUUUCAGAUAAAUGUAUGAAACAUUUUUGAAAUUAUCAACAUCAUAACAAAACUAUUUAUGAUUAGGAUAAUGUUUGAGGUACAAGCUAAAACAGAGUCGUUAUUAUUAUUAAUUGACUUUCCAAGUUAACUCUUUUCUCAUAAAUUCCUCAAGUAUUUCACAAUAUUCUUAAAUCUGAUUAUGUUAAUUUGUGUCUUACAGCAAUUUCUAUCUAUUUCAAUACACUAGUAUCAUUUAUUAAAAUAAAUAUAUUGUAAAUUGAUUUGUACUAAUAGCUCAGGCACGUUCACCUGUUACCUCAUUUUUAUGACAGUUGCUCUAAAUGUUUCCUCCUCUAUUAUUUCUUGAUUCCCAUUUCUCUUUUCUGGAAAAAGCUGAUUCAAUAUAACCAAGUUGUAUACGGGAAGUCUAAACUAAAAUAUGGACCCCAAUAGUUCAAAUUAUGCUAAAAAGCAUUUUUUUAAAUUUAAAUCUCGUAAUAUUUGGAAAUACAAAUUUGAGUUGGAUUCCCCUUUUAUAGUUCAACUUAUUUCCAAUAUUAAUUCCUAAUACAGAGGUUCCAGCCAAUACAAUUGAUAACAUUUGUUAACUUGAAUAGUAUUCUAUUCAAUUCAAGAUUGUAUCUAAUACUGGGAAAACGUCAGAUUAGUUUCAGUAUAUGAGAACGGAGUCACAAAUAAAUGCCAAAAUUAUAGAGGCACUAUACUACUACAAGGAAAUGAUUAUAAACUAGGAUACAAAAAUAAAUUGAGCGAAGCUGUAACAAGUCAAUGCCUCAAAAAACGGAAUAUGGAAUAAACACGAGUUCUUGAAGAAUAGACACUCAUAUAAUCACAGAAUACGAAAUAAUACACACAGAAAGAAUGUAGGAAAAUAGAAGAAACGAAGCUAGACGUGCUUCCAGAUAUAAGAAGCAAGAAAAGGAAAAAAAAUAGAAAGGAAUAACAAAAAAAUAUGGCAUGAAGAAGUUAGAUAGCUACAGGAAAAAUAAAUGUUGAAAUGAAUGAGAUAAUACUGAAAACAAUACAAAAAAGAGAAUAUAAGAUAGUUUGGAAAAGUGAUACUACGUCAUAUCUAGACUUCAGACACGUCUUACCACCAACUAUCAAGGUUAGAAAAGCCUUAGUAAGUAAAUAGGUUAAUAAGAAGUGUUGUUAACGUUAAAAGUUCAAUUCCCUAAGAUAUUUCCUUCCUAAAGAUCCGUAAUUCGGUCCAUUUUCGUAGAUCUAAAACGCGUCUAAGACUUUUUUGCUUUUCUUUAUCCACCGUUUGGUACCAUCAAUAAUUUCAGAAAUUUUUAAUGACAACAUUGGAUAUGGAAUAUUCUGUGCAACGCUAUUUUUUGUAAUAAAUAAAUGAAAAGGUAUAGAGUAAAAAUAAUUGUAUAAGUUUUUUGUUUACCACAAAGUUUUCAGAGCGAUUUGUGGAGAAUAAAAUUUUCUAGAAAACAUAAAAAAAAUUUAAUAUUCUAUUCGCUAAACAGGGAAAACUAUUUGAAAUUCUGUUUUCAUCAAGGCAGACGAUACUUAGGUAGAGGAAACACAAAAGCUCUUAGUAAACCCCCACUAUAUUUGUAAAAAACUUACUUACCUAUUAUUGUCAGCAGUUAAUGCAAAAUGUUCAGUCCAUCAUCAUUUUAUAUGAACAAUAACGUAAGAUGAAAGAGUUCAAACAUCUAUUUCAUUAUAAAUUACCAUAUUUUUAUUAUAAAAGAUUUCUCAAAAUUUUGACGCAAACAAUAACUCAUAAAAAGUGAAAAAUAUUGUUUACAUGCAAAAAUAAGACAUCAUGGACUUAUUUGCAAAGAGUUAACUUGUUUUCCAAAAAAACUUAUUUCUGUGAACAAUCAAAAUGUACUUUCAAUCAUACUAUAAUCCAUAGUCUCAAUAUUUUGAAAAAAAAAUUAUUUAGGCACAUUUCGAACCCUAAUGUUUAAAGAAACUAUGGAAUGAAUUUUUUGAGCCUUUUCUAUUCCACUAAAUAAUUUUUUAAUCUGAAGUUGCUGCUAUUUUAUCGAUUUUCACUAUUAAACGGCUUUUAUAUUAUAUAUAUAUUAUAGUUUCGAAAUUUUUUUGAUAAUUCAAGGCGUUGAAUCUGAACUAUUCAUUCAUUGACAAUAAAAUAGAUGCAAUAUAAUCAAUUAAAAAUUAAACACGAGAAUGUUGAAUUUCCAGAAAUUGUGUGGUUGCACUCCGUUCGCAAGCCAACUCCAAUUCCAAUCACACCAUAUGCACAUUACCAGAACUCAAGGCUUUCCAUUUCUUCGAUCAUUGCACUACUAGGGAUAGCAAUUCUUUCCAAAAAUACCGAUUUUCAAAUCGAUUUGAAUCGUAGCCUGAUGAAUCGAUUCAUAAGAAAAUCGAGGCCUAAAAGAUCGAUUCUCUUAUGUCGAAGUUUGUAUUUACAAUGUAAAUAUGAAAAACAAGAAAGAUAUCAUAAUAAACAAUCUCUGGGAGCUCUAAUUAGUGGAAUCUGGGAUUUUUCAGUUCAGGGAAUUCGAUAAUAGGAAGUGUAUUGGGAUCCGAGCGGUUCUGCUCAUCACUUGCGAUGUUGGUGGUAAUUGAGCAAAGGCAUCCACGAGAAACAUAUAAUAAAGAAACAUCUGGCUGCGAUAAUGAUUAAAUUCUUCGCUUAAGCACUUUCCAGUUCAAGUAUAUUACAUGUAGAGAGUUGCUUUUUCUUAAGUAGUUUUUGAGUAAUGAACCCUUCCACCGGCAACACCGUAAUAUUACGUGUUCAACUAAUUGUAAAUAAUUUUAUGGUUUUUACCAAACCAGAAAAAAUUGCAUGUGGAUUUAGUACAACAUAUCGAUAUAAAAAAAAUCGAUUUAUUCGGUCCGAGGAAUAGAUUCUUCGAUUAAUCGAUUUCAGAUCGCCAUGUCUGUUCACCACGCUAUGACCAUGGUCGUUUGCUUUUAAUUUUAUCAUAAUUCCAUUGUUCACUAUUUCACUGGUUUUCAUUUCUUAGAUUUCGAUACGGAUUUAGAAGUUAAUGUUUGGGCAGCAACUUUAGGUAACAAAUUAAUAGAUUAUCACAUUUUACCUGGAACUUUUAAUGAUUAUAUGUUCCUGUUUUUUUUUUAAACAAUCACUAAUUCGAGAUAUUAGAAGAUUUAAUGUUAAACGAACGAGCGAAGAUCUCUAUUUGUAUGCACAAUGGAGGUUUGAUAGAAGGUGUCGUAAUUGGUUGAGUAAUCAUUUUCCGAAUCGAUGGAUUGGUAGAGGUGUAGAAGCUCCGAUUCAUUGGCCUCCUCGGUUACGCGAUUUGAAUCCCUUGGAUUACAGAGUUUGGUCGUAUCUUAAGGAAAAACUUUAUGCUACAAGGGUGAAUUCACCUCUUUAGAGAAAAGGAUAAACAAUAUCAAUACAACGUUGCCAAUAGUUGCGGCAAAAUCGUAAAAAAUGUUUAUAAUUUUUUCUUCUUCAACGCUCUUUAUCUUGAUUACGAAAAUUUUUUACUGAGAAAACCCCAAUUAUCUUUCGUUUUUCUAUCUACUCUACAGGCGGGAUCACCUUUUUUGAAACACUCUGUAUACUGUGAAUCUUGUAAUGGACAAAUACUGUUGAGUUGAAAAAACUGAUAUUUGAAUCGUACAUUUUGAUUGUGCUAACAAAUCAAUAUCUACUGAUAAUCUAGGUCUGAAAAAAAAUCUAACACAAAUCACAAUUCUAUCAUGUAUCAACUAACAUCUACUGUUAAAAGUCACAUGUCUAAAUGUCAAGACUGACUAAUUAGCACUUUUAUAAUUGAUAAACCCAAUAUUGUAUAAUUGUAAGGAAUUCAUACUGAAACAUAUCUAUCUCCAUCGAUGAUAUUUCAAGAAAAACGAAUUAGUGUUAAAGAAAAUUUCCAAUAUUCGACCUAAUAUUUUUCCAUUUUUUCAUAGGAGUUUUGAACAAAACAACAUUUUAAAAUGUUGAAAAAUAUUGAUAAAUAGAAAAACAAAACUUUUUAAUUAGUUAUAAAACAGAUUUUAACUUCUGUUGUAAAUGUAAUGAAUCAAUUCUCAGAACUAAUUAAAAAAAGAACUUCGCAAUUAACAAUCCUAAUUUAUAUCUCUCUUUAUGAAAUAUUAAUAUGUCACGAUUAAGUGACUAAUUGGAAGAAGGCAUACUCAGUAUCACAUACCAUUCUUCUUCUGUAGACGUCUGUCCGAGCCAUCUGCGCAACUCUUUCAGCCAUGAGCCUUCGAUCUUCCCUUCUAUUAUCAGGCGGAGAAUCUCAUAUCGCACUGUAACUUUCUCUCCUUGAUCGUCGUGAGAAGUUCUUUAUGUUUACUAUUUGCUGCAGGACCUCUAUGUUUGUCUUAUGUUCCGUCCAAGAUAUCCGAAGCAUUCGCUUGUAUGCGUACAUUUCGAACGCAUCAAUUUUCUUCUCGGAGGCCGCAUCCAUGGUCCAACUUUCGCAUCUGUACAGUAUAAUCGGAAAGAUGUAACAGCAAAGCACUCUGGUCCGGAGUUCCAGGCUGAGGUUUGCCAGAAGUGUCCUCAUGUUUUCCGCGGUUACUCAAUUCUUGAUCUGAUUUCGAGUUUUGUAUCGCAUUGCUGAUUGACGAGCGUGCCCAGGUAUCUUAGAGAUCCCUCCAUGGAGUCUUAGGGUGGCGUUUCUUUGUAUUUUUGAGAAUACCAAUAGCUUGAUCUUGGAGAUAUUGAUAUAUAGGCCGAUUUUCUCGCUAUAUUCUAUAAUAACGUCCAUAAGAGAUUGAAAUUCAAGUAGGCUACUGGCCACUACCACAGUAACAUCUGCGUAACGAAGAUUGUUUAUAAUGUUUCCAUCGAUCUUUAUGCCUGCAGUUGUAGUCUCGAGGGCUAUAUGUCUUUAAUAUCUAAAAGUAUCUUUGUUCAGAUCGGAUAACAGCAAGAAUAUCGACCUUCGCACUUCACUAUAGUCGCUCAUAUUUAACUGAUUGGAUAGCAUUGGGAUGAGAUGACCUCUCACUAUAUUUGGCACUAACGCAUUUAAUGACUUCUUUGAUGGAUCCUAGGGGGAUGUCAUGGUGAAUUACUUCGUUAGAGACACCUUAGUACUUUACUUUGGAACCUAUGGUACCCCAUAGUUGUUAGCACAAUAUUGUUUAUUAUGUUUCCAUUGAUCUUUAUGCCUGCAUUUGUAGUUUCGAGGGCUUCGCUGAAUACUGCUUCAGAGUAGUACUCAGUACUGUUUAACCUCUACAAUCUGUAUUGGUCCAGUUAUAUUAGAGGUUUUAUAUGGAAUUGAGGCUCAAUGAGUAUUUACCGUGACACGCCGAAUUUUAAAUCAUCGAUGUUGCCCAGAAAAGAGACUUGAAUUAACAAGUUUUGUCUGUUGGGUAGGGCAAAAUAUCAAUAUCAACACAACGGCAUGUGAAACAACUUAAACUUCAGUAUAUAGGUAUUUCAUGAACACAUACGGCUUCAUAAUCAUUGUCGUCUUCUCCAUCACAGGCAGCUCAUCUCUUAAAAAACGUAGAGUCUCUUGAACAAUCUUUAUUUAGAUUAUUUUGGUUGAUAUAUAAAAUGAAAAUUUUUGAAAAGAAAAUUCUAAGAAAUGGUUCAUUGCGAUGAAAAUCUUAAUAUUAUUCAGCAUAGAACCUAAAAUAAUCAUUGUAACGUUUCGAUAUACACUAACAUGCAGCGAAAACAUUUGAACCAAAUAUUUUUAAUUGAAUUAUGUAUUGAACCACUUUUUAGCAGUAAUUCAUUAACCUGGUCGAUUUGUCCACCAGCCACUUAAUACCUAGUCUAUCAAAAACUUUUGAGUUUUGUUAUAAUUAUUAGAGUUCAAUGAAAUUUUCCUUGAUCGCGAUGUUUUCUAAUUAUUUACUCACUGUUAUAUACACAUAGUUGCUCUCUAUGGAAACACCCAUAGAACACAUUCUAAUCCAUCCUCACAGAGAAAAAAUAGAUUGAAAUGGAUUUAAAAGACUUCAAUGUCACAUUCAAUAGAAGAAAUGAGGCGAUUACAACAGUUUGUUGUUGAUAAAAAAGCCUGUUUGGUUUGUAAAUAUUUUUGUGUCUUCGCCGCCUGGUGAUUAUAUCAAAAUUAAGCUUUUUUGAGACUUUGAGGCUAUUUUUUCCCUUUAUCAGAUAAAAUUAUUUGAAAAACCUCAUCUUACCAUUGAAUAGAACAAAAAUACCAUGGCAGGAGAUAAUGUUUAGGCGGGUAUUAAUUUACUGGACUGUGUCAAAUAUAAACGAAAUGUUCAAGUUAUAACUGCUAAUGGUUCAAAAUAUAUAAUUAAUUAAUCAUAUAAAUACGUUGUUUUUCGAAAUAGUUACACUCAGACUGUAAAGCUUCCAUGUAUAUUUCUUUGAGAGUAAUGUAUCUGUAAUAUUUUGAUGUAAAAAGGCGCACUGAAUAAAAUAUCUGUUAUAAAAAUAAAUAUUCUUUGAAGAUUUAGUUGAUAAAUAACACAUCACUCAAUAAGUCGUGUAACUAACUAAUAAAAACACAUUUUUGCCAAAAAAUCGAUUCCAAUGCUUCUCUAACUUCUCGAUGCCGUGCAUGUAGAAGGAUUUAUCUUUUGCCUCGAAAUAGGCUUCAGUUUCGGCAAUUGCUUCUUCAGCUUCAUUUGCAGUGCAAUUCAUUCAAUUUAACCAUCGUUGUCAUCGACUUGUAAAUCAGUGCAUUGUCUUGGUGAAACAGUAGUCAUUUCUUCGACAUAUGAGGCCUUUAUUUCUGCAUUCAAACGAUCCAAAAACUCGAUGAACAAUAUUUCAUGGGCAUCCCAAAAUACUGUAGCCAUAACGUUCCCAGCUCACUGUUGUGCCUUUGGACCUUUCGGACGUGGUUCACCGGCUGCAGUCCGUCAGAUGGUAAUCAUUUUGAUUCCGAUGUGAUGUGAUAGAUCCAUGUUUCAUCCAUCAUCAUGUAUCGACGCAAAAAAUCUGAUUUAUUGUGUGUAAACAUGACUGUAACAUCAAUACGUUUUUGUUUUUGAUCGACUGUAAAUAAACGUGACACACAUUUUGAAAAAAUCUUCCUCGUGGUCAAAUGUUUCUGCAUAAUUGUAAAGACAAUUUCAAUUUACGAUUAGAUGUAUCCAAUUUGUGGACUUUUUUAUAUUUUCCGUAGUAACCACCACGUAAAUUCAGCAAAUCAAUAAAAAAUGGUUCUUUUCGAUGGAACAAAGUCCGGAUAACACUUUUGAAGCCAUUGCUGAGUUUGUACAGUAUUUUUUUUUCAUCAAGAAGUAAUGACAAAUCAACAAUCCAUUAUUUUGGAAAUAACAAAAGUAGCUUCACUUAAAUGGUUUUCAAUUUUUUCUGAUCAAUCGAAAUGUCAUGAAAUUUUACACACAGACUUCUGAAAACUGAUACUUCAUAAACGUCAGAUGGAUUUGAUAAUGGCAGCGCCAUCUGUGUGUCAGUCACACGACUUAUUGAGUGAUGUAAUAUUUGUAGCUGAAAGCUGUAAAAUUUUUUAUACUUAGUAGAUUGAUUUGUCACUCAUUAUGUGUCUUUAGGACUAAAUAUUGCAAGAAAAAUCGACAAUUUCACUUCACUAUAAUCCAACUAAUACUCGUAUCACUUCGUAAAAAUCUGAGUUUAAUUUAUCGAAAAUUUGCUGUACAAGGUGGCGCAAUAAAAACGUACUGCAAACAAACGGUUUUUGUUACUGUUUUUUGAUACUGAAAAUAUACUCGAAGCUUUCCUUUCGAAAGCGUGACUGGUAUACCUCAAUAAACGAAAAUUGCAACUUCAAUGAUACCUGUGGAAAGGAUUUUUUCAUUCUCUACAUAUUUCUUUUUUAUUUUCUUUGUACUUUUUGGUAAAAUAUGAAUUUUUUCAAAAAUUUCUUUUUUAAGAACCGUAUCUUUGAAUCAAUCAAAUUUUUUUAUCAACUCCUGUACUAUGAUGCAGUACUUGUGGUGACACUGCUUGCAUGCAAGUCUGUCAGCAAAAAACAAGAUGAAUUAAAUUGAUUAAUGGAGGAGUCCUCUAAAUCACAUCCUAUCUAGCGACAAAUAAACAUUUUAUUCAUACAAACGUAUUUCGUGGAUAAUACGGAUUUAAUCAACCCUAUUGAAAUAUCAAGUUGUCUAAUAUAAAUACAGGAUGUGCUCUCAAUGACAAAUUUCUCAAUCUGCAAAGCGCGCAGAUUUCAGAAGUGCCAUAGCUCUAAGUGGAAGGCCGCAUCACAUCGAAAAAGAAACGUAACCAUAUUAAGUAUUGAAAAAAUUGAUUUCACAAGGAUAAAAUCAAAUGAUAUUUAUUCUGACAUUACAAAACAUCAAGUAAUCAAGCAAUCUAAGAAAAUUGUGAUCUACUUCAAAAUGACUACCGUGGGGUAAACAAGAUUUUUAUUUUGUCCCAUAGUUCGGUUGCUUCGUAAUUUUUUUAUUUUAUGGUAUUAAGAGGACUUCAUAUAUCUUCAGAUUUCUUCUAAAAAUUUCGAACAGUUAAUUUGUAAUUUCCACUGUUGUAUACAAGUUGUCAAACAUGAGUGAAUACUAUUUAUGAUUGCAAAAUGAUAAUCCAGUGGCACCUGAAAGGCACAAGGGCAAAUUUAAAGCUUUAGACUGAGUUAAACCCUUUUCAUUAAGUGAAAAGAGCUUUAGGCAGAACCCUGCUCAUUUUCCACCAUUUACCGAUGCUGCUUACUAAGCACAUUGAUAGUCGUAAAAAAAGCAACUAAGCUACGUUUCCGAAAAGAAAUUUCGCCCUUUUUUAAGUAUCAGCUCUUUAAGAAGCUACUUCGCAGUAAAAAUGGAAAUAAAAAGAUCGAUUAAAUCGAUCAAAAAACACAACACUGUAUAUGUAUAGUCGAAAAAAAGCAACUAAGUCACGUUUCCAGCAAGAAAUUUUGCACUUUUUCAAGUAGCAACUCUUUAAGAAGCCACAAAUCACUUACGGCAAAAGUAUUAGUUUAACCCAAGGCCACUUUUCAAUUAGAUUAAUCGAAACAUUCUUGAUAAUAACUAUGAAUCAAUUUUAAUAGUGAAAUAGGUGAUUGAUUUUGGUAUAUUUUGUGAUACAACGUCUUUGCAUUAUUUAGUGCUAAAUUCACAGUCGGUGCCUUUAAAGGGAAUUAUAAGGUUAGUUUUUCCCUUAACUUCCAGAUGGGUAAAUGUCAGUGCAUGUUAUAGAUUCUAUAGAUUGUUACCUAAUAUGAAAAGAUGUCUCUCGUGAACACACCUCACGUCUAGAACUAGAUUGUAUUGAAUAAAUACCAAAGAAGCGUUUUUGAAAUGAUCAAAGAUCUUCUAUACGUUAAUUUAUCUUUUUUAUAGUCCGAUAAUUUUUAUAUCAGCAUAUAAUAAUAAAUAUACGAUGGACAAUAACUUCGGCAAAAAAGAGUAUAGAAUCAAUACGAUUUCAAGUUCCAGAAGAAAGAAGAAGACCCGCACUUAACAAUGAAUGUAAAUAGAAAGGAUUGAAAAUCUGAUCGUUCUGAGGAACCGUAUCACACGGCCAUACAUUCAGCAACGGAACAAACGCUUUCUCCUCCCUAAUGAGGUCAAUGGGUUCUUAUCUUAACAUAGAAAGGUCAUAAAAAGAAAAAACUCAUUAUUUUUCAAUAUGUUUUCCCUUUAUUUCCACAAACUUUUCAGAUCGUAAUAAAGCUUCUAUGCCAUUAUAAAAAUUUGAUGCAUCUUUAUAGUCAAAAUGCUCGUACAUUGUCUAUUCUAUUUCAUCGACGCUGUUACCAGCUUUGCGAACAAAAUAUAGUCGAACGACGCCAGAUCAGGGCUAUAUGGUGGGUGUUUAAUCUCUAUGAAACUACAAUCGUAUGCCUUGGAAAGCGAAGCAGUAUGAAUUGGAGCAAUGGUAUAAAGAAAUCGGACAAAUCGGCAGAUUUUUUCGAUUGCCUGAGUAAUUCCUUAAAGCCAAUCAAAAUGAAACCCUUGCAGUGCAAAAAUAUUCUAAUCAUCACUUUUUGGUGCUUUUCGUGAUCUCGUGUGAGAAGAGUUAUAUUGAAAGUGAAAAAGAAUUUUUAGUAGUCGUAGAAAUAGAAAUCGUCGAGAGCUGGAAAUAAAUAAUCACUUAUCAACAUGAUAAUAAUAAAGAGAGAAACAUAAAGAAAUAAAAAGCAUCUGGAAUUAGUGAAUAAAGAUAAAGAAGUGGUCUAUGUACUAAGGUGUUGGUAUUUUUGAAAAAAACUAAAAAAAUAUAUUGAUAACUAAUGAAAAUAUAUUCAACGACAAUCACUAAUGUAUAGCGUACCAACUCGGCUUAAGUCUAUUCAAAUAAGAAAUAAAUGGAAUACAAACAGUAAAAAUAAGAUUUGAAAGAAAAAGCUGCAAGGUUUGUAAUGAAAUUAAUAAAUAUAAAAUUUAAUUUAUGGUAACUGCGAAAUGCAGAAAAGUUAACAAUGAUAUAAAAUGGUACACGUGGAGACGUAUACCAAUAAGUGAAAACAGCUUAAAUAAUGAACAUACUGGAAACAAUUAACGGUGUAUUAGUGUGCAUGAUGUAAAGACUACAAGGUGUGUUCUUCCCGAGGGCUCAUUUUCGACUCGUACUGCGCAUCUCUUUGAGAGCGAAUUCUUGUAGUCUUUACAUCAUGUAUUCAAUUCAAAUGUUUUAAUUUGGCGCAUCGUUUUGGGAGCGAAUUCUCAUUGGCUGCUUCCCAGCUGGUGCGCUAUAGCACACCUUGUAGUCUUUACGUCAUGUUAGUGUGCGUUCACAUUGGCAACGCUCAAGCGGUGAGCGUCUAGCGAUGCCGCUCUAGCGAUGUUGAAAAAUCUUUCUGCUCACAUUGCAAAAGAGCACAACACAACGCAUCGCGCCGCUCGACCUUCGAUCUUGUUCGUUUUUUUUUGAGUGGCGUCGCUUUUGUGGUGCGCUCAUGUUUAUAUUUUUAUUCAGUAUGAAGUCGAAUUGUGACGAAUCUAUACGUUCUAGCUUUGAUAAAAUGACGUCGCAAAAUGAGAUUAUUGAUCGUCAAUGCUUGAUUUUUUCCAGAAUGUAAUCAAACGUUACCUCUGACAUUCUUAAAAACUGAAAAAAUCUUUUUGGAUCACUGCGAAGUUCAUGAUAAAGGUGAUGGAAUUCGCCAUAAGCAAGUCUAUUCCUAUUAAGUUUAUGAACGCCUUGUAUUUUUUGUUUUCUUUAAAAUUAUCGUAGUCGUGAACUUUCUAUAAGGAAUAAUCGUUUGGAUACCAAACUCAUUACAUUCUUUUGGUUCGAAAGCUAGAAAAUAACUAAAACGACGCUUAACCAAUUUGAACAGGACAACGCACGCGAUGACAUAAAAAAAAAGGCAUCGCUCAACGCUCGACGCUCGAAGCUCACCACUUGAACAUCUCCAAUGUGAACGCACACUUACGAAUUGGUUGGGAUACGUGGAACGCUUAGAGAACGAAAUAAUAUCGAAGAUGGUGCUAUACAGAAACCCGACGUAAAAAGCAUGGAAAAAUAACAAGACAAAGUCGAAUGAACAAAGCUUAUAAUCAUAAAUGUCACCAAAUGGAAAGAUGAAACGAGAAUCAGAAAGAAUUAGAAAUAUAUUUUUAAUAUAAAAAUAUAAGAUCUUUGAUUUGCCUGAUAUUUCAAUUUCAUUUCAUACCAACUUUGGUUUUGCUUCAGUACAGAAAAAGUUCUAUUGAUAUUUGUAAAGUUUUUUAUAAUGGUAGAUCACACAAAAAUUUUGUCUGUCUGAUAGUGCAAAAUUUAUCAUACUUGUUACAAGAACUGUCAGUUUUAAAUGUAAAUAUAUACCUUUUUAUUGUAACGAUGUGGAAUUUAAUAAAAAAUACAAUGUUGUGUUUA